AUGGCCAACACUGAGUUUGAGCACAUGUGGGUGUCACAUAUCAGGUUGACAGACAACUUGUGUUUCCAUUGCAUUUCUGCCACGCUAACACUUGCAGGGUGCGACCACUUAAAGUUCCUCACACUCUUCUUGCCUGAUGCAGGACCUCCUGGAAACCAGGAGGCACAACAGGAAAUGAGAGAAAAUCUCUCCAAGGCACUGGAGCUUACAUCACGGAGGGAGAUCAUACUGCCAGAUGUUCCUGAGCAAAUACUCCAUAUAGUUGGAAGCUGCAUUCUUAUUAUUGGCUCAGUUGGUGUGGUUGGAAACCUGCUUGUCCUCUAUGCGUUCUAUAGUAACAGGAAGUUAAGAACAGCCGCAAACUACUUCAUAAUGAAUUUAGCAGUGAGUGACUUGCUCAUGUCAUCCACUCAAGCACCUAUAUGUUUUCUGAACAGCUUCAACCGCCAAUGGAUUCUUGGAGAAAGAGCUUGUAACAUCUAUGCAUUCUGCGGGGCUCUGUUUGGAAUAACGUCUAUGAUGACUUUAUUGGCUAUUGCUCUUGACCGCUAUUUGGUAAUCACCAAACCCCUACAAUCCAUACAAUGGUCAUCAAAGAAACGAACACUACAAGUAAUUGUUCUUGUCUGGCUGUAUUCAUUAAUGUGGAGCAUAGCACCAUUACUUGGCUGGAGUUCUUAUGUACCUGAAGGUUUGAUGAUAUCAUGUACAUGGGACUAUACAACAGCCACAACAGCAAACAAAAGUUACACUAUGAUGUUAUGCUGCUUUGUGUUCUUCAUUCCGCUGCUUGUGAUUUCACAUUGUUAUCUACUAAUGUUCCUGGCAAUUAGAAGUACAGGCAGGAACGUACAGAAGCUUGGAUCUUGUGGAGGUCAAUCCUGCAUGUCCUCAACUAUGAAAAAUGAAUGGAAAAUGGCCAAAAUAGCUUUUGUUCUCAUUACUGUCUAUGUUUUGUCUUGGUCACCUUAUGCGUGUGUUACACUGAUUGCAUGGGCUGGUCAUGGGAAAUCUUUAACCCCAUAUUCCAAGACUGUUCCUGCAGUGAUUGCUAAAGCUUCUGCAAUUUAUAAUCCUAUUAUCUAUGGAAUAAUUCAUCCAAAGUACAGGGAAACUAUCCACAAGACUGUGCCUUGUCUUCGUUUCCUCAUCAGACUACCAAAAAAAGACAGCAUGUCAGCAUCUAAUUUUGAGUCUUCCUUCAGGGCUUCUGUCUACAGUCGACAGUCAACAGUAUCAAGGAAAAAAAACAGCUGCAUUUCCACAGUUUCCACAGCAGAAACAAUACUCAGUGACAUAGAACAAGAAGCAAUUUACAGGAAUGCAUGCUUUCAAAGAAGCAAUUCUUUUUCACUGAGCCAAAAACGAGAAAAGAAGGGACACAUGUUACUGAAGGCUUGGAGCUGCAAUGCUUUACCAGAACAGAAGGUUUUGCCUGCAUUAUGCUCAUUUGAGCACCCAGCAAGAAAAUCAGAGAAAGGAAAUGCAAAAGACUUUCUACUGUCAAAUUCACUUAAUGCCGUCACCUAUCCCCUUGGUUUAGAAUCAAUUGUUAAGAAUCAUAUGACAAAUAACCAAAAAGUAAAUGGGUAUGAUUUAAGUGGAGGACUGGACUGGAUCAUUCAUACCACAAUCCCACGCAUUGUCAUUAUUCCCACAUCGGAAAGUAGCAUUUCUGAGGUUCCAGAGCCGGCGGACAAUGACUUAGAUGAAAAGUAUGAAAAAGAUUUGGACGACGAUGACUUCUUCAACUUCAAUAUUGACACUAGUCUACUGGAUUUUGAAGGACUUUCUUCUAAUGCAGACCUUUAUGAAGUAGUUGAAAAGUUUUUGUCAUAGUGAAAGUAGAAAACGCGUUGUGAUCCUGACAUUUUCAGCUGCCAUAAAUAGCUCAUAUGCAAUAGAAAAAGCACAGUGUUAUAUUUUUUAUG